UGUGCCGUCUGCUUGAAUCUGUUGGAAAACACCAUGACGAUGAAGGAGUGUCUGCACCGGUUUUGCAAUGACUGCAUCGAGAAAAGCCUUCGCCUGGGUCGCAAGGAGUGUCCCACCUGUCGCACCAGCUGUCCAUCCCGACGAUCUUUGCGCCACGACGCUCGUAUUGACGGCAUCAUCCAUGCACUCUACCCUGAUCGCCAAGAGUACGAGCGCAUGCAAGAUCAGGUUUGUUCCUCGUUGCGUUAUUCGCGUACCUCUUCGACUUUGUCC